AUGUCGCCUCAACCGAAUACCCCAGCUAUUGCUGAGGUUGUUCAUACACCAACCCCAUCGGUGAUCAAGCCCGUCGAGGUCUCGAAUAUCGAUGUAAGCAAAGUUCCAGAAUUCGAUGAGUCGAUUCUCGCACCGGUGAUCGCGGAUAGCGUGAAGAUAUUGCAGAAGCGGAAAAUGAGUUCUUCUUCGAGCAGUACAUCGAAACGGGGCAAAGUAAAGCAGUUCGACGUAAAAGAAAAUUCCUUAGACCCCAUGGAUGUUAUUGGAGCGUUUAACGAAUACAUUGCCAGCAAGAACUUGGAUAUUAAAGUAUCGGAAAUGAUUGACAGCAAUGCGUACUUUGGUGGAUAUCGCUAUUGCUUUUACAUUCAAAAAGGCAACAAAACGCUAAGACAUGCCUAUUGUAAGAGCGAACAGAUGAUGAUCAACAUACCAAUCAUGAUUGACGAGCUGAAUGUUGCUCAAUACUGCGUUUCAAAGAAGAUCUACUAUCAUCGUCUAUACGACCUGUGUUGUUUGAUGAAGUGGUCAUGGUUCAAUGACAACAAUAAUACUUGGAACUUGGCGGAUCGGUUUGAUCAAGCUGCGGCAUUGAGAGUGUUUAACGAUUGGGAAACGUCAGAAUAUGAACCAAAGGAGAUCAAGGAAAAGAAAGAUAAGAAAGGUGAUGACCUUACUGUUCCUCAUAUUCCGAAGUUUCAUAUCUACUACGAAAAGGGAGAAUUGCCGCCAAUCUUCGAUUGUAAGAACACAGAAACGUAUCUUGAUGUUAUCAAUCUAAAGAAAGGAGCUGUUGCAAUGGAGAGACUCUACAAGUUUAUCAAGAACAACAUUGCUUACAUCUUGCAAGGUGGAAACGGAUAUUACUUGACUAAAAAUCGGGAUGCAUUCGGAGAAAUUGAUUACGUGGUCAUCAAAGAUAUCAAACAGUUUGAUAUGAUGUUUGACAUCAACAAUGCGAUUGAACUUGACGAUGAUGGACAAAUUAUGACUGAUAACACAGAAUUUGAUGCAGAUAGCAUUAUGCGUUUGCCAUUACGCGAUGCAAUCUACCACUAUCGUGACGAUAUCACAUACGGUAAGGUUGAUUUUAUGCCAUACAAUGCCAAGACAGGAGCUUGCGACAGUCAAUUGUACAAAUUCGAUUGGAACUCGAACGAAGUCUUUAACAAAUUCAAUGGAUUCGUUCAUACCUACGAUCCUAACUUUGUUGUCGAUGAAACGAAGUUCAACUGCUUUACAGAGCAUAUCAAACACAUUUGGGGUGGUGGUCGGGAAGAUAUUCUGAGCUACAAUAUGAAGUUGUUUGCAUGGUAUGUUCAAAGACCAUACGAAAAGUCAGGGUCAUGUGUUGUGCUUGAGGGAGAAGAGGGGUGCGGGAAAAACACGAUUUACGAGAUUCUCUCAAUCGUGUAA